AUGUCAACAACAGAGAACACAACAACUGCUAUCGUUCAUGAAGCCAUUAAUGAAGAAUAUGAAUACAUACAGUAUAACAAACAAUUGAGACUCAUUCGUUCGGUCAAAGACGAUAUGUACCAGAUGCAAAGUAUUUUGACGGCUUGUUUUGCUCCAGACACUAAGCUUCCUAAAGACUGGUUUAGGAACCAAAGCACCAUUGAACUCUUAAGCGAAGCACAGCGAGACAUACUUUUUUCUGAAAACAGUGAAGAACAGCGAGUAGGUAAAAAAUCCCAGUCGCCAAAACUCUAUGAAAACCGUGAAAAAUUGCCAAACGGUUUGAGAGGAUAUUAUGUUCAUAGACUUCUCGUAAAUAAUGUGGCACAAUGGGCUUCAGCUCGCUAUUCAUGGUAUGUUUGUAAACUUCUUGACGAACUUCACAGACAAGAACGCGAAGAUAUGGAAAAGAAACUUCAUGCAAAAGAUGAAGUCAUUGAAUCCAAAGACAAAAGCAUACAGAAAAGAAUACCACGUUCAGUACCAAAAGGAAAGGAAAAGAGUUAUAAGUAUAUGAUAUAUACUGAAGAGUUGGAGAAAGAAGAAGAUAAAGAUAUGGUUAUGUUGCAUUUAGUCAGAAGAAACAACAAGAGCUUUUAUGACUUAGCUAAAAUAUAU